AACUUGUUUAUAUUGGCUUCAAGUGGGAAAGAUGCGCGCGUUUGUGCGCAAAAGCCCACCGGAAAGGAGAGCGCAUGAUUUCAGCUGCUACUUCUGACAGUCUGUGGGAUUGCCCUGCGUUUCUUUUCUGUAGAAUCUAAAUAUAAGCCGGUGACAAAUAGUCCAAAUACAGUAGCAACCCAACUGUGAUGUGGGGGUGGUGCUGAGAGAACAGCUCCGUCUCCAAAAGCCCCCCCCCGCCCCUCCGUUGGAUCCGGAGUGCGUCAGGAGAAGGUCGCAGAAGAGUCUCAGCUCCCCACCUGCACAUAGAGCAUUUCUCCCUUUUCUUAUCAUGAAGAGACAAAACGCCAGGACUCUCGCCCUCAUCAUCAGCAUCCUCACCUACCUGGUGGUCGGGGCGGCCGUCUUCGAGACUCUGGAGUCCAAGCAGGAGAAGAGUCACAAGAGGAAGCUCGACGCCAGAAAGUACGAACUCAUGCGCAAAUACAACUUGACCAAAGAGAACUUCGAGGAGCUGGAGCACGUCGUCUUACAGCUCAAACCUCACAAAGCAGGAAUCCAGUGGAAAUUCUCUGGGUCCUUUUACUUCGCCAUCACUGUGAUUACGACAAUAGGUUACGGCCAUGCAGCACCCAGCACCGACUCAGGGAAAGUCUUCUGCAUGUUCUACGCCCUCCUGGGGAUCCCGCUCACCCUGGUCAUGUUCCAGAGCCUGGGUGAGCGGAUCAACACGUUCGUCCGGUACCUGCUGCACCAAGCCAAGAAGUGCCUGGGAAUGCGUCACGCCGAGGUCUCCAUGGCAAACAUGGUGACGGUGGGCUUCUUCUCUUGCAUGAGCACGCUGUGCGUGGGGGCCAUGGCGUUCUCCCACUGUGAGGGAUGGAGCUUCCUCCACGCCUUUUAUUACUGCUUCAUCACGCUCACCACCAUCGGGUUCGGAGACUACGUGGCUCUGCAGAGGGACGACGCGCUGCAGAACGACCCCCGUUAUGUGGCUUUCUGCUUCGUCUACAUUCUGACGGGCCUGACGGUGGUCGGAGCCUUCCUGAACCUGGUGGUGCUUCGCUUCCUGACCAUGAACACCGAGGACGAGCGAAGGGACGCCAAGCAGAGGGCCCUGACGUCCGUCGGCAAGCCCAGAGGAGAGGUGGCUCAUCUGCUACCAAUCUCAGCCUCGACCUCUUCCACACCUGUAGCAGACGACUCUACAAAGGCGAAAGAUUUAAAAGGUGUCUACACUGAGGUACUGCAUUUCCAGACUAUAUGCUCCUGCUUGUGGUACAGAAGCAAGGAGAAGCUGCGGGGCUCCAUACCCACCAUGAUCCCUCAGGAGCUCACCUUCUCGGAUGCCUACAUGCAACAGAACAGCAACUGUCCUCACUACGUGGAGCCCGGGUCCACAGGCUGCGUUUGCAGUCCACAUCAGUGUUCGAGCAUAAGCUCCAUAACAUCGGGCCUACACAUUCUCUCUCCAUUCAGGGUGUUUAAGAGACGCAGCUCCGUCUAGCCUUUCAAUACAGCAAAUUUUAGUACAGCCCAGUGCGUCUGUACUUCCAAGCGGACAACAGAUACUUGGCAGUCUUCACAGCAAAAGAUAUGACUGCAAGUACAGAAGGUGUUUGUGGUGCUAGAAUCCCAGUAAACAGUGAGACACGGAAAAGGGAAAAAGCACAUAGAAUACUGUAAACAGCAAAGUCUUACUCAAAUAUUUGUUUGAGAAAGUGCCGCAAGCAAGAUUUGACUUGAGGUCUUAACAGUAGGAAGUCAUCUUGGCCUCAUGUACUGCACGCUGCAGUACAUGAGGCGUACAGUGCACACAACUGGUAGGUGACAGCAGAGCGGCAGAACAGGUUCACGUCGAGUCAGUUGAGCAACGGCACAAUGAUAUGGCAAGAUGAAAAAAAA